GUAUAUAUAAUUGGGCGAUUCUGGCAUUGUCAAACUGGCUGGAACGGGGGCUACAGGUCAGGUCUGGUAGUCUGGCACUUCAAAACAUGUCCAGCAUCACCCCAAACAAGCUCUUGGUCGAUUACUUGACCGUGGACUCUUCCUUUGGUCCUGUGAAGGGCUUUAUCCACAAGGAUUACCCCCACGUCGCCCAGUUCCUCGGCAUCCCGUUCGCUGAAGCCCCAGUCGGCUCUCGAAGAUGGCUUCCUCCGGUGCCGAAAGCUUCAGUGGAGGAAGAGUUCAAUGCUACCGAGUUUGGCCCAUCCUGUCCCCAGUGGUAUAAACCCGGUCCGCCAUCCGUGUACAACUCGCUUGUGACUGAACUGCAGAUCCGAGAUGAAAUGUCGGAGGAUAACUGCUUGUCUGUGAGUAUAUGGAUGCCAGCAAAGGCCGCCAAGGACCCCACAGCAAAGCUUCCGGUUAUAGUCUGGAUCACGGGUGGUGCGUUCUUGGUAGGCGGGUCAUCGAUCCCGUAUCAGAAUCCUACACCCUGGGUUGAGAACAGUCAAAGACAUAUGGUGGCGUGUAUCAAUUACCGCCUAACCAUUUUUGGCUUCCCCAAUGCUGCGGCCCUCGCCCCUGACGAGCGCAACCUUGGCCUACUUGACCAACGUCUAGGUCUCGAAUGGGUGCACAAGCACAUUGCAUCCUUUGGCGGCGACCCGUCGCGCCUCACGCACUUUGGACAGUCGGCCGGUGGGCGGAGCAUCGAUAUGCAUGCCUUCCAGUACAAGGACAAUCCCCUUGUGCGCGGACUAAUCAUCAAUUCGGGAACGGCUCUCCCGCAUAUGAAUGCCGUAUCUGACCCCGAGCACAAGCAGUUCAGCUUCGUGGCCCAGAUCUUAGGGUUCAAGGGCGGCAGCCCAGCGGAAGAGCUCCGGUUCAUGAGACAGCAAUCGGCGGAGAAGUUGUUAAAGACCAUCGAGGCCCAUUCCUACACGAAGCAGGCACCUUUCCUAAAUUUCAGGCCCAUCGUAGAUAAGGUGACCAUGUUUGACGACUAUGAGGAGCUGGCUAAAGCGGGAGAGUUCAGCAAACUGGACAAUGGCCUGCCAUCAUUGGCACCACCAGCGACGAGGGAAACGGGUUGGUGCCGUAUAGUCCCGACGGAAUGGGUCCUGCAUCUGCUGCAACAGCAGAGGGGCUCACAAAGAAUUUCUUCUUACGACCGUCGGUGGCAAUGGCAAACGCGAUCUGCCCACGCCCUGACAUUCAGAUAUCUCUACAAGGACUUUGCGCCAUCAGGGACUUCGUCGUUCCCAAACUUAUCCCCCCGCCCUUGGCUACGCGCAUACCACAGCUCCGAUAUGCCUCUGAUCUUCGGUGGGCAUUCUUGGUUUAGGGGCCCCUCGACGGAGCUCGAGGAGAGGGUUUCCCGGGCUUGGCAGGAGCUGUACAUCACGUUUGCUGAGGAUGGGCCCCGGGGGUUGAGGAAGCUUGGCUGGAAGGACUUGAGUGAGGGCGAGGGGAUUGUUAUUGGAUGUGGGGAGAAGAUGUGGGAGAGUGUCAGCCUUGAGGAUAUCGAUACUCUAUCUUUUCCCUCUAUGGGAUAG